GGUGAACCCUGUCGCUCCUCCCUCCUGGAUGCUCUGUAUAUUUAACACAGCGGGGUAACUGACAAAUAAAUAUAAUUUUACAAAAAACAUAUUCAGUAGUUUGCACAAUGAGCGGGAUACCGGGAACUGCCGUCGUCCAGGUCACCAACCUGUCCUCGGCGGUGAGCAGCGAGCAGAUGCGCACUCUCUUCGGUUUCCUGGGAGACAUCGAGGAGUUGCGGCUCUACCCACCCGACAACGCCCCCCUGUCCUUUUCGUCCAAAGUGUGUUACAUAAAGUACCGGGACCCUUCCAGUGUUGGUGUGGCGCAACAUCUCACUAAUACUGUGUUUAUUGACAGAGCUUUGAUUGUAGUGCCAUGUGCGGAAGAUGACUAGAGUGGCCCAGCUGUUACACUACUACACUAGCCUGAGUCAGGCAUUGUUUUCCAAGCCACUAUCCCCGAUCGGGCCAACGCAGCCUUCAAGGGGGGGAUGUGACCAGGAGAAUAGCCCGCUGAACCUUCCAAGAUGGACACCUUGUCUCUUUUUAUUUAUUUAUUUGAUUGAUUUUUCUUUUGGUUUGUUUCCUUUCAUACUUUCCCAUGUUGUCCACUCUCUACUGUCUCUAUCCAGAAACUACAGUAUUGCUUAUCUCUAGCGUUGUGUUUUAUAUUUGUUAUUUUGGUUUGUUGUUUUUGAUUAUUGUCCAACCCCCCCACCCCCCUCUCUCUUUCUGCUACAGCUGCAGCUUGUGUGUGAUUGAGUUCUGUCCAGGUUGCUACGGCAUACCGAUGGGAUGUGUGUCACACACGGGAUGCUAGGAGGAUCACUAACACUUAACUGUCUCGUCCACUACACCUCGUUGUAGUGAGGGGCUAGUCUUUGUGAAAAAUGAUGCAGCCAUUGGGGUUGUCUUGUGUUGCACACCUUUCCAACACUGCGAAACGAUCGCCCCCUCCCCCCCCACGGAAAAGCGUCCAUGCUUGAUAUCGUAUGGUUCAUGACCAAUAUGUUUCCAGUACAGGGAAAAUACCAGAAGAGGCCAAGGCUUUGUCACUUUUGGCACCUGUCACUCCGGUACCCAAUCUGAUUCCUGGUGGGGGAUUGCUGCCAAUUCCUACUCCAGCUCCACUUCAGAAUCUGAACCUUCCCAUAGUGAAUCGGUUUUCAGCUGGUCUCGACCCCACAGCGCCAGUGCUCUCCCAGCCCCCCAUCAUUGGAAACGUGGAUCCCUCAAAAAUCGAUGAGAUCAGGAGGACAGUUUAUGUCGGCAACUUGAACUCGCAGACCACCACUGCAGAGCAGCUGCUGGAAUUUUUUAAACAGGUGGGAGAUGUGAAGUUUGUCCGAAUGGCCGGAGACGAGACCCAGCCAACACGUUUUGCCUUUGUAGAGUUUGUUGAGCAGGAGUCCGUCGCCAGAGCCCUCACCUUAAACGGAGUCAUGUUUGGAGACAGACCGCUGAAGGUUAAUCAUUCCAAUAACGCUAUAGUAAAACCCCCCGAGAUGACGCCACAGGCUGCUGCUAAAGAGUUAGAAAAUGUGAUGAAGAGGGUGCGUGAAGCCCAGUCUACCAUUGCUGCUGCCAUUGAACCUGAAACAAAGAAGCGUUCCUCCAGUCAGUCUCAACGGUCACGACGGUCCCAUUCACGCUCCCGUUCACACUCAAAAGCACACAGAAAAAGGUCCCAUUCAAAACACAGCAGAACGUCACAGAGGUUGUGGCCCGGCAGCGAUUCCCACAGUUCCCGAAGCAGCCACAGGAGACGCUCUCGUUCCAGAGACAAGAGACGCAGUCGGAGUCGCUCGAGGGUACACAAGCGGAGGAGUAAGGAUCGGUCCAAAAGCCCUCGAAGGAAAGCCAGAUCACCUUCACCAAAAAGAAGUAAAAGAGAGAAGAAGAGGGAGCGCAGCAGGGACAGAAGGGACCGCUCCACAUCCAGGAAGAGGAGCCGCAAAGACGAGGACAGGAUGAGGAGCAAAACCAAGCCAGUGAAGGCACAAAUGAGUUAUGACAGAGAAGAAAAGGAAGAAAGCGACAGAGAAGACUCAGCCACACCGAGCGAGGACAUGACGUCAUCACCCUGUGCCCAGCACAACGGCAGCUACAAGACUAACCACGAGGAGGAAGUGUCUGUGGGUGCAGACGGCACCAAGUGACUACAGCGACACCGUGGGCACUAAUCCUGUUCAUCCAGGUAUCACAUUGCCCGUUGUGUGUGUGUAUAUAUACAUACAGAAACACUGAACAGCCUCUUAUGUGUUUUUGUUUUUUUCCCCUUUUUCCUCAUUAUCAUGCCCUGACUGACGGCACACACGGGUCCUCUAAAUCAGCCUAAUCUCACUAUCAAACCUUAAGGGCAAGUGAGUGCUCAGCAUCGCAGAGAAGGGCCACCUUUUCUGCUUAGCAGUGCAGUAACAUCAGUCUCAGUGCCAUGACCCACAUUUUCCCAGCAAAGCAUUGCAUUGAAACAAUGUGAUCCUUAUUCACAUCACCUGUCAGUGUUUUAUUUAUUUAUUUAUUUUGUUUUAUUUUAUGCCGUGGCUGAUCAGCUUAUGCAGGCCUGAGCCGACUGCAGGGACUCCUGAGCGUGCCACAAGAAAGUCUCAGGAAAGACAGUCGCAUUCCAGACAGGCGUCCUACAGGAAGAAUAGAGGUCACACUCAUUGAUCCAUUCAAUUAAAAGCUGGAUUGUAGUUAUGAACUUCAAAGCUCAGCACUUCAAAAAAUUCAAUUUAUUUUCCUCUGGUUGAAAUACAAAUAUGCAGUAACAGUCUGCAACAGGAGUAAAAUGUUGGUAUCUUGAAAUUGCUGGGCGUUUCUUAAUGAGAUCAUAGUUUGGCCUUUACAUGCCUGUCCUGUGUGAGAGCCAGAGGAAAAGCAGGGUUCCCAACCAUGAGGAGCAAAGGGCUUGAUCCAACUAAGGAACUGAAGGUUAUGCUCCUAAACUGGAGACUAGUUAAUUACAUUAGGCCUACCCUAAAGCCUCUAAUCAUGAUUUACACACUUUACACUUUAUUCCUAACUCAGUAGAAACAUGAAUGGAAGGAGAACAUGAGCAGCUUCAUGCAUAAAGGAGCGGGGCAGGGUGGGGUAUUGGAGCGUUGUUUGAGUGAGACACACGUUGCCUAACAGAACUGUGUGUGUGUGUGUGUCUCAAGAGGCCGGAGUGCUCACCUCCCCUCUGUGCUCGAGUUCUUGUUGGGUGUAACGAAUUAUUUUGCUGCGCUGGCUGUGGUCACGCCAUUGCUGACAGCAACUUCCCAUAUUUUGUUUGCUUUUUUACUAAGUGAAGUAGCGUCAUGUUACACAAAAUCCCUUCAGUAAACCGUUUUGCAUAUGAGAGGAAUAAUCCAUUUAAAAACAACAUUUGUGCUGAUGCUGAAAUGCUCAUUUGCCCGCUUUUUGUGUGGGUGAACAAAAAUUUGGACAUCAGUGAAGUGCCCUUCAAGUCCCUGUUUCAUACCAUAUUUCUUCAUCUGGGAACGGUUGUGUCCUGCAAAAUGCAUUUUAAUUUCAUGACUUGAAGUUCUGUAAUUGCGAGCUUGGAGAACGGUAUUAUGUUAUUGCUAUGAAUAAUGUGAAUCUAAUUUGGUCAACAUGAAUGCAUUAUUUUAAUUCCUGAUUUUUGGUUCUUGGCUGUACAUCAUGUAGUUGCUUUUUUUUUUUUUAUUAACAUUUCUGGUUAGUGGUUGCAACAAGGUCACAAAAUAUGUUCUGCUAAUAUUGUAAUACUGUGUGAGGCAACAUAUUAUUUACUGUUUUCUACUGUAUAUAAGACACAAGCCUAUACUGUAAAAUGCUGGUGGUGUGCAAAAUGUCUAUCAGCUCGCGUUACUGGAUAAAGUGGGAUGAUUAAAGUUCUCAGCAGCAGUCUGGAAGAGGCUGAGCAGGAAAUGUCACAGGUCCACAAAUUGCAUGCAAGCACAGAAGGGCCAAAAGUGCCUAAACUAAGAUGUUCUAAUAAAAUAUGGAGACUUGUUAGGAUGUUGAAAACUGAGAUGUUAUAUUAAAGUAUUGUCAGCUGUCUACAUUGAUUAAUUAUAGAUUGCUAAUAAUUAAAUAGACAUAGUUCUCUUUUAAAUGUUUUUCAUUUUUACUGUUUCAGUUUGUUUUUGUCAAAGAAUGUUUGCAAACUGGACCCAGAUUAAGAUCUAUGUGACUUUGUGUGUGUGUUUGUUUUUUGAAAGUGUUUUUAAAAGGAGACUUUAUGGCUGUUUGCUGCCAAAUUCCUCUCAUGUGGAUUUUUACAAACCUGAUUUUAUCAUUGCUUUUAUUUUGUUGUCCUGUGUUCUGCCUUUUUUUUUUUUUUUUUUUUUUUUUUUAAUCUACAAAAGGCUUCAGUUUGAAGUGGUCAUCUUAUGAUAAAAUGUAGUUUAAAAAAAAAUAGCAUUUCAGUAUGUGAAGAGUUUUAUUUUUAUAAACAUGUAUCCACUUCCUAUGCUAUAUAAUGUAUAAACAUGUUUGAUGGUUAGGUCCAGGAGGAACUGGGUGCUUGAUGGUGCAUUUGGGACUCCGUGUAAGAGUUUGGUACCACUGUUUUUGAAGAGCUUUCAUGUAUAAUCCUCUUCAGUUUGAAUCUAAGAGUACAUCCCUUUCCAAAAACACUCAAUAAAGAGAUUUUUCAUUGAA